AUGGCAUGGACAAGACAAGUUGUUGGCGACUCCGACGACGACGAAGACUCCGUGAUUCUUCUACGAAACCCACAAGGCGACAUCCAGAUAGGGAGCACAGCCGGGGACAGCAACUCAACAGAUCGCUCGUUAUUUCGAGGUAACUACGAAGAACAACACAAGAACUUACGAUCACCUAGCGACACAGCUCGACGGACGACAGAUGGCGCACACCUCAAGACCCAGAGCGAUGGGCGCUCAAUGGUUGAUGGGAAGAUGCGGGGAGAAGAGGACCAGCCGCUGGACAUGUGGGAUGUUCCCAGCAGCCCGGAGGCAGUAAAUUGGCACGGGACAAAGCGAAGGCGCGGCGGAAGCCACCAACCAGACGACGGCACCACCGCCCAGGCGGUCGGCCAAAGGCUACAAAUCCUUAUCAGCGCAGCCGGCGGGACCGACAAUGCGACGGCGACAAGCGAAAAGAAGCAGGCGCGGGAACAGGAGAGAGUAUAUACAAUUGCGGGCGAUAGUUUCAGCUCCAUCGAGCCCACAGACCCGAGCGGUUUGGGGCAGAUGCAUCUUCUAGGCAGCUCACCUGCCGUCCAACAUCGCUUGCCCGGGUCUUUGGACCAUAUGCAAGAUCCCAUCGGCUACGACAGCGAAUACGAGCGCGUCCUUCCGGCCAGCGCAGCCAUAACGGAGAGCACUAUUGCCUAUCCAACGCCCAGCAGAUAUGCCGUUCUUAAUCCGCAGUAUACGGGAGACAGCAAUGACGGGGCAACCCAGUUCGACCUCUUGCACGACAGCCGACAGCCGACGCCGACAAGGCCACAUGCAGGACUGUCGCUAUCAGAAAUUCCACCCUCCUCACCUGACGAAAUUGCAGCACCAUUUACAGUUCUUGGCGCGGGUGGCCCGUCGGCGGAUGAUGCCUGGGAGCCACAGGACAGCCACAAUUCGCACCAUGAGACUGCCAGGCCAACAAAGCAGAAGAGGCGACGAGCCUCUGACACGGACGAGCUGUCGUCUGCCGCAUACAUGACCGAACACAGCCCGAAGGGAUCCGAGGCGGACAAAUCUGCCACUGUCGACAUCACGGGUGAGAGGAGCAUGCCGGCCAAAGCAGAGCCAAUGAAGAAGAAGAGAGAACAGGGGAAGAAGAACAAGGCAAAGGAGGUGAUUGAUUUGUCAGACUACAAUGACGUCGAUCCGUUGACGGACGCCCCACCUACAGCUGUCACAACGAAUACCGGUGCUGCGAGUAGUAAGCCGAAACGGCCGCGUGGCCGACCAAAGCGCCAGGCUAUCGUCACCGAGCCACCGCCACAGGAGCCGGCUGGGGAGGAGCGACGGGAUGAGUCCAGCCGGGGAGAGAUGGGGAAAGAGAAGCAGGAACAACUACAGAAGCAGGCAGCCGUCCUAGCAGAUCCUGUCGUUCCGGUCGUCCCGGCAGGUCUGGCAGAUCUGGCAGAUCCAGGAAACUCUAGCACAACAUCAGUGGCCCCUGUCACAGCCACGGCCCCCGUCAAGAAGCCCAUCAGCAGCAUCAGCACCGGCCAGGGACGCGUGCCGUUUCGGGUAGGGCUUAGCAAGAGACACAGGAUAGCACCGCUGCUCAAGUCGAUACCCAAGCCCUGA